AUGUAUUCGUGUGUAAAGGAUACCUCUUUGGGAACACUUAUCGAUAAAUUGGGACAAUAUUUAAGUGAUGUCAUGAAUUCAGCGAUGGAUCUAAUUUUAAAACAUAAGAAUCGGUUGGUUUUGGGCGAUAGAGUUGAGUGUGUUUUCUGGGACUUUGAUCACAAGAAGUGGUCAUCAGAUGGAUGUCAUGAAUGGAUAGAAAAGAAUGCUUGGAAGUUUGUGAAGUAA